AUGAACGCAAUAUGGACGUCUUCCAUCACCAAAAUUAAUCCCAACAAAGAAACCUUUGAAUCAGACAUUGAAGAACUUCUAACAGCGAAUGGAUUUCAUUUGAAAGCGCACAAAAAUCAAAAUAUUUUCGAAAACUCGUCAGAAGAUAUCAGUGCCUCGACGAAUCAAAAUCAUCUGGAGAACGAAAUAGAAGAAGUACAUCUUCAGAUGAGAUCUAGAAGCGUCUCUCGUCUUCGAGGAGAGAAUAUUUCAGAAAACACCACUGUUCUAAAAGUGUAUUCAAAAACAAUUUUAAACGAGAACGAAUUAACGAGUAAACUUUCAAACACGGACACUAAUGCACAGAAAGAAGCAACGUUAUGCGAAGGAAUUGAAGUUCCCGAAGAAUGUAGUAAAAUGAAGGACAAAUUAAGGAAUAAGGAAGAAAAAUGUGUAUCUGACGAUAAAAUGAAGAACGUGCCUGUUAGAGAAGCAAGAAUGCAUAAUCGAACCAUUGAAGACCCCGAAGUAAUCGAAAUUUAUUUCAGCAAAAAGGAUGUGGACUUAGACAAAAAACUUUGUAUGAGAACUUCUGCAAAAGAGGAUGACGCAUCGAUUUCUGGGACGAGCGCUAAAACUACUAUUCACAAUGUAAAACACACAAAACCUGUUUCGUUAAAUGAGAAUAGGUUUGUAGAACCCACUCGAGAUCGACAGAACAGUGUUGAUUGUAAAUUUGAGAAAAGUCCGCGUGAUUUGAGGGAGAUUAAAAAUGAAGUGAACGAUUCUGAAACAAGUGGAGUAUUUAAAGGAAAAGUGGACGGAAAAAUUGAAUUAGAUGUACAAGAAAAUAGUUGUAAUAAAUGGUGUACACAAAAUAAUUCUUCUGUUAUCGAUGAGGUGUCUUUGAAAGAUUUAUCGGAUGAAAAGAACGUUAGAUCGAACGAACGAAAAUGUACCACAGAAAAUACUGCUCUGAAUUCAGCUGAUGAUUUACGUUGCUUGAAAGAUGAGAACUUUGCAAAUUCACCGAAAAAUUUGGCAGAAAAUUGCAGUAAUUCUCAAAAAUGUGAUGGAGGAAAUAUGAACUUUUCGAUAUUCGAGGAUACUCUUUUAACAAGAGCAAAAGAAAAUCAGAAUAUCUGUUUAAAUUCUACUUUCAUCAAGACAGUGUGCAAAACGGAGGAAACUGAUAUGAAAUCGAAUGAAAGCGAACUUUCUAAGUCGUCUCUGAUUUCUGAAGGUUCCGAAGAUUUAUCAUCGGUCGAAAAUAUAACAAUAAUCCCAAAGGAAGAAAAAUCGAGUGUAAACUCAUUGAAGGAAAAUAAGAUUAAGGUAGUGAUUGAGAAACGGGAAAACAAGGAGGAAAAUUUUGAAAGAGAUGUAUGCGAUGAUGUGAAAAGCAAUUUAUCCACUAAAAACGUCUCGUCGAUGAUUCAUGAUAAAAAACAGAUACAAGAUUCUCAACAUGAAAUCGCGAAAACUGAGGUUACAGAUUGUAAGGAUGAAAUUACGCAGAAAAUGAAGCAAAUUAGUUAUUGCGAGCACAUGGAUAUAUGUCAAAUGUUAACGAGCAUUCAUGAACAAUUAACUUAUGAUUUGAAACGAAUAAAAGAUAUUGAAGUGAAAUUGCAAGGAAAAUUUUCUGCGAGUUCGAAUGAUUAUACGAUGCCGUUGCAAUUGUUGGAUAAAACUGUGGCGAGGUGCAAGAGUUACAUUCACGGGUCAAACAAUAGCCCCAAAGCUCAAUGUGAAAUUGCGAAAAUCUUGUCGAAAUAUGGGGAGCAAUUAAUGGUAGCUGUACAUAACAAUACAGUUGCUUUGAAUGGUCAAGAACUACAAAUGCAGUUUCAUGGGCAAAAUUUGAAUGACAAAAGGAAUAUCUUAAAGGAAAUUAAUUCGUCUUGGAAUUACUGGCAACCGGAAAUAGUGCAUUUAAUCGGAACGAUAUCGGUUUUGGUGAAGCACGUGAUGGACAAAAAUGAGGAAAAAGAAAACGUUAAAGAUCCACGAAAAUAUAAAACUGUGCCUCGUCAUACCACAAACAAUUUUAUUGUUCACGAUUUAAAAUCGAAGCACAAAAAUGAUCGAGUGAAAUCUGCAAAAUUGAAUCUAUUCAAAAAAGAAAGUGCAGUCGAGACACAAAUAUCUGUCGCUUCAAAUUUGCAUCAAACCAAAUCGAAAAAUUCCGUGAAACUCCUCAAUGUUGUAAAUCGAGAAAAGGAAAAGAUUCAGAACGAUCUCCGGAUUAACGAGAAAAAAACGACCGAUAAAUCAAAAACCAAGAAAGAAUCCACCAAAAACAAGAAUCAUGGAUCCGCGAAUCAACAACCAGUUUGGAGACCAGGUGGAAUUGUUAAAAUUCCUUCUUCGAAUAGUGCCACAACGCUGCAGAAAAUUCGUUCAAAUGUCAAGGAAAAGACGAAUCUGUUUUCGGAACAUACCAAGGCGGAGAAACCAGUCAAAGCGGUGAGUGCCUCCAAGAAGAAAAUCUCCGACGACUUUUCAUCCUUAAAAAAUAUAUUGUCAUCCAUGAGAACUACAUUAACAACUAACAGCCAUAAUUCCAAAAUUGUUGGUAAAAGAAGCAACACGAGUAUGAAGACCAGUCCCAGAAUGAAACCAAGACCAGGAACAAUAAGAGCAACACCGAGAAAUGAACCUGUCCGUCAAGUUAUAAAACAUCCCAAUUCAAAAUUCAGCGAAAACAGAACACACGAUGAUGUGCAGAAACGUUCGAAAGAAUCAAAAACUCUUUCUUCCUUGAAAGAGACAAAUGGCAAGGAAGUUAAAAAUAUAACAAGUCGUCAGUUUUAUGAUAAAAUCAAUCAAGCUACAUUUGAUCCACGGUCAGAAGCAAUUUUAACGAAAGAAGAAACUUGUAAUAGCAAGGAAGAACCAACGAGAGAUGAUUCGAGUCGAUUAGUUGAAAAUCUUCCCAAGUUCAAUGAUACGCUUCAUGAAAACCGUCAAGUGACAGAAACGAUUCCAGAAGCUCUAGAUUUAUCGAAAAAGCGCAAAAAUACCAUCCAUGGAGAAAUAGGUAUCGACAAACAUCGAUCAAAGGCAUCUUCCGAUUAUUCUGUUAACACAAACCAUGUGACGCGUGUUAGGUCGAAGUAUGAGUGUACCGGCUUCGACGUUUCAAAUCGUCAAACGUUGUUCAACUCUGUUUCUUCGCCGAGUACCCAAAAGACAGAACAGAAAAAUGAAAAGAGAGAGCUUGACGAAGAAACGCUAAAGAAGGGUAGAACUAAUUCGCACGCGUUGUCGUUGAGUAGAUUGAAAGAGUUCCUCUGCGAGCAGGGAAUCGAUGCUGAUCUGGUGAACAGAGCUGAACGAGAGUUGAAGGACAAACAGAGAACAGGUAGAUACUCGAAGAAGAAGUCCAUUAGUUUUGCGGAUAUGUUUUUCAGCGUUCGAGAUGAUCAAAAAUUGCAGAAGGUUUUCAAGAACGAACAUUUGUGGGAUAUGUUGGAGGGGAAGGAGGAAAAUGAUAUUAAUCAUGGGAAUAAUUUAGGGAAGAUAGAUCAUAAAAGUGAUGGUAUUGAUAGUGAGAAGAGUUUGAAGUAUGCAGAAAAUGGUAACUGUGAAACAGACUUGAAACACAUGGAAAAUGCUAUAGAUUCUGAGAAAAAUUUAAAGUACGUAGAAUGUCAUGAAAAUGGUAUUAAAUGUGUGGAAAGCUUAAAGCAUAUGGAAUAUCAUAAGGAAAAUGAUAUUAGUUGUGAGAAAAGCAUAAAAUGUACAGAAUGUCACAAAAAAACUGAUACUGAUUGUGAGAAGUGUUUAAUGUACGCAGAGUGUCACGAAGAAAAUGAUAUCAGUUGUGAGAAAAGUUUAAAGUAUACAGAACGUCAGAAAGAAAAUAUUGAGUGUAAGAAAAACUUAAAGUAUAUAGAAUGUCAUAAGGAAAAUGAUAUUGAUUGUAAGAAAAGCUUAAAGUAUACAGAUCGUCAUAAAGAAAAUGAUAUCUGUGAGAAAAGUUUAAAGCAAGAUGGCAUUGAUUGUGAACAGAGCUUGAAGCAUAAAAAAUCUUGCAUCACAAACGUUGUUGAUAGUGAAGCAAACUUAGAAUGCGCAGAAAAUGUUGUUAAUCAUGAGAGGAAUUUGAAACUUACAAAAAAUUAUAAAGGAAAUGAUUGUGAAAGUUAUUCAACGCUCGAGGAAAUUAAAAGGGGUGAGAUUAUGGAUUAUGAAAAUAACUUAAAAUAUAUUGAACGUCAUGAAGAAAUCGUUAUUGGUUGUGAAGGAAGAUUAAAACACGUAGAAAAUGUUAUUAAUUGCGAAAGGGAUGAUUCUGAAGUUAAUAAAGAAAAUCAUAUAAAUUUUCUCGAGAAAAAUUCUAGAGGUACACGAAUUUAUGAUGAUGAUAUUAACUGUGAGAAAAGCUUGAGAUACAUAGGAACAUAUGAAGAAAACGAUGUUAAGAAGAAUUCAAAAUCUGCUGAAGUUUACGAAAAUAAUGUUAUUGAUUGUGAAGCUGGCUUAAAAAAUGUAGCACUUUUUCAGAAAGAAUAUAAUAGUAAUUAUGACAGCUUAAGAUUUCCUAGAAAACAUGUGAAAAUCGAUAUUACCCCGGGAAAAAAUUUAGAUAGUCAUUGCAAACAUGGCUUCAAGCACACAGAGAAUUAUAGAGAAAAUAGUACUUGUGGGAAUAAUACAAAGCAAGUGGAAAAUCAUAAAGAAAAUAGCAAUAAUUAUGGAAAUAGCACAACGCAUAUAGAAAAUCAUGGAGAAGGUAUACAUUAUGAGAGGGACUUACAACGGACGAAAAAUCAAAAAGAAAGUAAAAAUAAUUGUGAGAGUAGGUUAAAGAAUAUAGAAAAUUAUAAGGAAAAUUGUAUUAAUUGUCAGAGAAAUGUAAAACCCACAAAAAGACAAACAGAAAGCAGUAUUAAUUAUGAUAGUAGGGUAAGCCAUAUAGAAAAAGAUAAUUAUUUUGAAGAACGUUUACAACAUACAGAAAAUUGUAGCAAUAACAAUAAUAAUUGUGAUAGCUCAAAGUAUCCAGAAAAUCAUAGAGAAAUAGAUAUUGCUGGUGAGCAGAAUUUAAGACACACAGAAUAUCACAAAGAAAGUAAUAUUAUUUAUGAUAGUAGCUUAAACCAUGUAGGAAAUCGUAAAGGAAACGGUAUUAAUUGUGAUUGUAACUUAAAUUAUGCAAAAAAUUACAAAGGUAGCAAUACUAAUUAUGAUAGUAACGUAGAGUAUGUAGAAAAUCGCAAAGAAAAUAAUGUUAAUUGUGAUAGUGAUAAUAGCGUAAAGUAUGUAGGAAAUCAAAAAGAAAAUAAUAUUAAUUCUGAUGGUAGCUCAGAUUUUGGAGAAAGUUACAAUGAGGGCAAUAUUAAUUGCGAUAGUAGCCUAAAAUAUGCAAAAGAUUGUAAAGAAAGUAAUAUAAAUUGUGACAGAGAUUUAAGGUUUGUAGAAAAUAACAAAGUAGAUAAUAUUAAUUAUGAUAAUAGUCUGGAGUAUGCAGAAAAUCACGAAGAAAACAACGUUAAGUGUGACAAUGCCUUAAACAAAUCAGAAUAUCAUAAACACAAUAGCGACUGUGAGGAUAGCUUAAAAUACACAAAAAAACAAAGGGAAAUCGAUAUUAAUCGUGAAAAUACCUUGAAAUAUGUAAAAAGUCACAAAGGAAAUUUGGUCAAAAAUUCUAGUAACGUAGAAAAUUACAAGGAAGAUAAUUGUUGUAAUAAAAGCUUGAUUAACAAAGAAUAUUCAAUCGAUUGCAACAAAAUGAACCCACCAGCAGAAGGCGAAAUCGUAAAUCACGAAAGAAAUUUAAUAGGUUCUCCGCAACCGGAAAUGAGAGACGCUGCAUCAUGCACCGAAAAAAGUAACAAGGACGUUUAUUCGCAAACCAAUUUUCAAAUUAAAGAUUCAAAAACUUUGGAGAUUGUUCUGCAAAACAACACUUCGUCGAAAGAGCUACGAGUUACAGAAACACAGACGGAAAUAUAUUGCAUGAGAAAUACAAGCAGCAAAGGCAUAAACGUUUCUUCCAUGACGGUGGCACAUCCGAUCAAUAAUAAUUCCAUGGAAACCAUAAUAGUCUCCUCUCUUUCUACAUCCAUGGCUGACCAGGUCGAUCGUAAAAAUUUCCGCAAAAAGAAUUUGCGAAAAGAAUCGUACAAAUCAUCGAAAUCCAUCGAAACAACAUUUGACGACAGCGAAAAUUCCUCGAAAAAAUGUGACAAUUUCUUCCGUCAACUGUUGAAUCAGAUUCAAGAGUCUAACUGCGAAAAAAAUGAUGCGUUGAACGAGUUAAGCUUCGUCGAAUCGAAUGCGUCAACGUCCACUUCCGCUUCUUCUCCUGAACGUGAAACAGUAAUGAAACAUGCACAUACAUCAGCGACUAAAGUGAUUUCAAGCGAAACGAUGGCGGCUUUUCAUGUGACCGCUAUCAGAAUUCGCAAUAUUUACAAAGCUGUCGACAUCUACAAACGGAAGUUGAGGAACGAUCUGAAGGCUGAAAAACGAUCGAAGCGUGUGAAUAAAAUUUGUAAGGAGAAACCGAGUUGCGUGUCUAAAAGCAGCAGCGUCGAUUCCAUUUUCGCGAGAAAGAAUGGAAGUGACCAAAAUGGCGUCGUUCAGAUAUUUGAAGCGUUGAGGCAAGAGGAUGAUGAGUCUUCGGAUGUUUGCGAAAAUGAAGAGGAAGAUUAUGAGAGCACUAAAUCAUCGUCAACGAUGUGGUCUUACGAAAGCACUUGCGGAAAAGUGGAACUAAAAAUUUCCGGAAAAUUGUCAGAUACAGUUCUUUUAAAAGACGUGGGACAUUUGAUGGACUUCUUAGUACAAAAAACGGACGAUUCGAUGGGAAAGACUGAUAGCGUUCAUACAAUUUCAAGCAAUUCAUGCAGAUUUCAGAAUAGGUUUCAAGAUAACGAAACUUCACGAUUUUCUAUAUUUUCCAGAGAAAAUUUGUUACCUUUAGUUUAUGGAAUUGUUUGUUCCAUUGUUUUUUGGUGUCUACAUUUCACAAUAACUUGUGACGUUGUUUUGUGAUUGUUGCUUUUGUGUACGUUAUUUGU